AUGUCAUCCGUCCACUUCUUCCCUGCUUCCUCCCAGACCCCGGUCCCCGCCCGCCUCCUCAAAACCUCCCCAAAGCCACCCCUCCCGUGCACCCGCACCCUGCCCACCACCGCUUUCCAGAGCGUCGGCGGCAAUUGCAAUGCGUGGCGCUGCCCGUACCGACGGCUGCGGCGGAGGGUCCGCACCCCCGCAGCGCCGGCCGACGCGCCGUCUGUGGGCCCCGACGGCGGGAGCGGGGGCGGCGGCGCCGGGGGAGGGAGCGGAGGGGAGGAGGAGGAGGAGGAGGAGGAGGAGGAGGAGGGGGAGAAGAAGGAGAAGGGGUUGCUGCCCGAGUGGAUGAACGUGACCACGGAGGACGCCAAGACGGUGCUGGCCGCGGUGGCUAUCUCACUCGCUUUCCGAACCUUCAUCGCUGAGCCGCGCUUCAUCCCCUCACUCUCCAUGUUCCCCACCUUCGACGUCGGCGACCGCAUCGUCGCCGAGAAGGUUACUUACUACUUUAGGAAGCCAUGCGUCAAUGAUAUAGUAAUUUUCAAAAGCCCGCCAGUGCUGCAGGAGGUUGGGUAUACUGAUAAUGAUGUUUUCAUCAAAAGAGUAGUUGCCAGGGAGGGCGAUGUUGUUGAGGUUCACGAAGGAAAACUUGUUGUGAAUGGUGAGGCUAGAAAUGAAGAAUUCAUUCUUGAGCCACCUUCUUAUAACAUGAACCCUGUGCAAGUACCAGAAAACUCCGUUUUUGUGAUGGGAGAUAAUCGAAACAACAGCUAUGAUUCACAUGUGUGGGGCCCUCUUCCAGCAAAGAACAUAUUGGGGAGAUCAAUUUUUCGGUACUGGCCUCCUGGUCGAAUAGGGGGUACUACCAAGGGUUGCUUCAACCCUGAAUUAAACCCUGAAACAAAACCAGGAUCGCUUAUUGAUGUCAAAUUGACAAAGUAG